UCACUUGGUGAGGCUAAUGCCUCGGCGGAUGCCUCCUGCUCUGGGGGGAAGUGGGAGCAGUCCCUGGGUCCGAGUGGGGAGGAAGAACCCCUGCUCCCACCUGCCCCUCACCUCAGCCCCGACUCCCUCCCCACCCCCAAGGGAAGGGCGGAGGGGAUUCCACCAACUCGGAUACGAAAGUGCGACAAGCAUCACCUACGCUAGCGGCGGCUACCGAGCUUGCCUAAGAAAAGCACCCUCAGGUGCAGCACCAGCGCCGGAGCGUUACGGAAAGUCCGUAAGAGACCACUGACCUCGUUGAAGAGUUGCGGACUUUGCGUACGGGUCCGGUGUCAGGUGCGGCCUCGGCCUUCCCUAACCACCAGAAUUACGGAAUCUCCGUUAAUCCUAAGGGACGGGAGGCGGGCGAGUUUACGCCGUGCACGCAAGGAGCGAUGGUCUCAGGUGUUGUAUUGCAGAAAGCGACUCCUGGAGCAUCUCGCCUGUAUGAACUCUUGAGCUGGCAGGGGAUUGAGAGGCUUAUGAGGAGGUUCUGUCAGGCAAAAACAGUGCCUAGCAAAGAUACCGAGGAGGAGGGAAAAGGAGAAGGGGGAGGGGGAGCGGAGCUGAGUCUCUAGCAAACCAUGAGAUCUAUCCGAUCUUUUGCUAAUGAUGACCGCCAUGUUAUGGUGAAACAUUCAACCAUUUAUCCAUCUCCAGAGGAACUUGAAGCUGUCCAGAACAUGGUGUCGACAGUCGAAUGUGCCCUUAAACAUGUCUCCGAUUGGAUGGAUGAAUUGAACAAGUCUGUGAAAAUCGAGGGAGAUGGGGAAGCAAAAGAGGAAGCUGCAGAAAGUAAUGCCAAGAAUCAAGGUGGUCGGACCUUAUGUGGUGUGAUGAGAAUUGGUUUGGUUGCAAAGGGCUUGCUGAUAAAGGAUGACAUGGAUUUGGAGCUAGUUCUCAUGUGCAAAGAAAAACCCACAAAGACCUUGUUAUAUACAGUCAAAGACAAUCUCCCAAUCCAAGUUCAGAAACUUACAGAAGAGAAGUACCAGGUGGAGCAGUGUGUGAACGAGGCAGCUAUUAUUAUUCGUCACACAAAGGAGCCCACCCUAACACUGAAGGUGAUACUUACAUCCCCUCUCAUUCGUGAGGAAACGGAGAAGAAGGACGGAGUAGACAAUGUUGCGAUGAAAGAUCCUCCGGACUUAUUGGACAGGCAGAAAUGCCUGGAGGCCUUGGCCUCUCUGCGGCACGCCAAAUGGUUUCAGGCCAGGGCAAAUGGACUAAAAUCAUGUGUAAUUGUUCUACGUAUUCUCCGUGAUUUGUGCAACAGAGUCCCCACGUGGGCACCGCUAAAAGGAUGGCCACUAGAGCUUAUAUGUGAAAAAUCUAUAGGUACUUGUAAUAGACCCUUGGGCGCUGGGGAGGCCUUAAGACGAGUGAUGGAGUGUUUGGCAUCUGGAAUUCUGCUUCCUGGUGGCCCUGGCCUACAUGAUCCCUGUGAGCGGGAGCCAACAGAUGCUUUGUCCUAUAUGACAGUGCAGCAAAAAGAAGCCAUUACACACAGUGCUCAGCACGCGCUCAGGCUAUCAGCCUUUGGUCAGAUCUAUAAGGUGCUCGAAAUGGACCCUCUCCCAUCAAAUAAAUCCUUUCAGAAAUAUUCCUGGUCAGUUACUGACAAAGAAGGUGCAGGCUCCUCUGCUCUGAAAAGGCCAUUUGAAGAUGGAUUAGGGGAUGAUAAAGAUCCAAAUAAAAAGAUGAAGCGCAACUUGAGGAAAAUCCUAGACAGUAAAGCAAUCGAUCUCAUGAACGCUCUGAUGAGACUGAACCAGAUCAGGCCAGGGCUUCAGUAUAAGCUUCUGUCGCAGUCGGGUCCAGUCCAUGCCCCAGUCUUCACAAUGUCUGUAGAUGUUGAUGGUACGACCUAUGAAGCAUCAGGACCUUCUAAGAAAACAGCUAAGCUCCAUGUGGCAGUGAAGGUAUUACAAGCAAUGGGCUACCCAACUGGCUUUGAUGCAGAUAUUGAGUGCAUGAGCUCUGAUGAAAAAUCAGAUACCGAAGGCAAAAAUGAGACUGUUUCUUCAAACUCAAGCAAUAAUACUGGAAAUUCUACAAUUGACACCUCCUCUACCUUAGAGGUAAGAACUCAGGGCCCUAUCCUCACAGCAAGUGGCAAAAACCCAGUGAUGGAGCUAAAUGAAAAAAGAAGAGGUCUUAAGUAUGAGCUCAUCUCUGAGACAGGUGGGAGCCAUGAUAAGCGCUUUGUAAUGGAGGUAGAAGUAGACGGGCAGAAGUUCAGAGGCGCAGGUCCAAAUAAGAAGGUGGCAAAAGCGAGUGCUGCUUUAGCAGCACUUGAGAAACUCUUUUCUGGGCCUAAUGCAGCCAACAAUAAGAAAAAGAAGAUUCUCCCUCAGACUAAAGGAGUUGUAAAUACAGCUGUGUCUGCAGCAGUCCAGGUUGCUCGAGGCAGAGGACGAGGCGCUUUAACACGAGGGGCAUUUGUUGGGGCAGCCGCCGCUACUGGAUACAUAACACCAGGCUAUGGGGCACCUUAUGGGUACAGCCCAGCUGCGCCAGCCUAUGGUAUACCCAAGAGAAUGGUUCUGUUACCAGUUAUGAAAUUCCCAACAUAUCCUGUUCCCCACUACUCAUUCUUUUAGCAAAUGGCAGAAGCUAAUUCCUAUUGAUUGAACAACACAGUACAGUACAGAAUGUUAGAAGAAAAAAAGCCUUUUUAUCCUGUUUUCUUUGAACACAUACUUGAGCAAAGUCAUUUGUAAAGAAACAUCUUUUCCUACUUUUUGAUUUUAACAAAAUGCAAAUUUAGUUCUCUAAAACUUGAAAAAAAAAAUGUUCUGUGAAAUGUUACCUCAUUUUCAAAUAACUUAUACCAGCCUUCUGUUAUAGGGAAGAACUAGAAGCUUAAACCUUACGUUUUAAAUGAAGUAUCCGAUUAUGUAAAAUUAAAUUUGUGAAGGAUGUAUAGAAUAUAAAACACUGAUCACAAAUAAACUGUUUUGUCGUAA